GACUUUUCUCCUCAUUAAUAACAUUAACUUUAAACAGCUGGUUGUGUGUACUUAUGUUGUUGUUGACUUAUAUUUAAAUUUGUUUGAUGGUCUGAAACACGAAAGUGUGACAAACAUGUAAAAUGAACAUAAAAAAACAAGAAAUCAGGGAUUUUUUCCACGCUAGUUCCACGUGACCAGUUGAGAUGACGUCAGUGUCGAAGCAGCAAAGUUUAAUGGCCGAGAGUUUUACGAGUAGUUGUUGCUUUUCCAUUUGGUUGUAAUCGGUUUCAGGUCCGGACCGGAUUAGUCCUACGGGCACCCGGAUGACAGGCUCGCUACAAGACGGCAAGUUGAGGAAAGCAGCAGCGCUGAGCUUUAGGGAAAUCAGGACCGAGGCAGAAAUCUUCACGGAGUCUGGGACGACUGUGAACAGCGACGUGCGCCCCCCGGUGGUGAGAACACAACAACAGAAGAGAGAGGAACCGGACAGGAGUGGAGGUGUGGAUGAGAUCAGAUGGAGCCAGAUAAGCUAAUGAAGAGCUUUGACAGUGAUGAGGAGAUUUUAGAUUCUCUGUUUAAGGGGAAGCCAGUGGAGUUGUUGCAGAGCGCGGGUGUUGUGAUGGGUGGUUUGUGAUAACAACACGUGCUGGUUCUGGAGGGAUGUGCUGGGGAGCCCAAAGAGGUGGAGUCAGUCCAGGAAGUGACAAGGUUGUGGACGAGAAGAGAAGAUUGCAAUGAAUAGAUGGGUGCAAUGACUGGUCGUAUUCUUGUCAGUGAUUGUUUUUAUUUUAUUUGUUUAUUCCCCUUUGCACAGACAUCACGCAGGUUUGUGCCACUCGGACAAAGAGAACUGAGUGGAGUUCUGUUUGUCAGGACCUUAGUUGGAUCUGCUGCGGACCAGGACGAGAACAGCUGCUUUAGUGGAGAUCUGGACAUCUGCAAUGGGGGACGCCUUUGGUUUGGUCUACUGUCUGGCUAAGGAGGAGGACUAUGAGCAGGUCAUGAAGAUCUGCACUUCAAAGGACUACAACGGACUGGACUACCUGCCUGCCUUCUUUCACCGCUGGCUGAAGGAACCUGGACGGAUCGUCCUCUUGGCUUGGAUGAAAGACAGAGUGGUGGCGCUGGAAUCUGCCUUGCUCGUGGAUGGGGGUCAGACGGUUAUGUUUCAGGGUCGCAGGGUGGUUUCUGACCUCAGAGGCAGUGGCAUCGCUGGCGUCCUCCACAGUCAUGUGACCUCCUACGUCCGCAGUCAGUACCCAGAAGUCUGUGCUGUCAGAAUGAGCCGAGGAGACCAUCCUUCAGAACGAAUCCUGUCUAAAUACAGACUUGUUGCUAAAGAGACAGGUGUUCUCGUCAUCAGAGCAUCUCUGGAGGAGAACCCGGACCAGGACAAGAUCUGUGGAAUGGAUCAGAUGGAUGUUAACGGGAACUAUCUACAUUCUGUCAGAGAAACCAGAAGAACCUCUAGAUCUGACCCAGAAUCUGCACCUGGACCCAAAUACAAAGAGCAGCAGAACCAGUUCCAUCCAGUAAACCCAGAAGUUUCAAACAAAAACGCUUCAACGAGGACCGAUUGAUCCACUUUACGCCCAGAAUCAGAACCAGGGGAUCUUUUAAUCUGGAAACUCCUCCGACAAACAUCAAGCGAAUCGAUAAGACACGAGGCCCCUGAGACCCGACGUUGGACCUGAGGCGAGACUUGCCAGGUGAGAAGGACCAGACACGUGGCCUACCU